UGGUGCGUACUGCGCAUGCGCAGAUGUUCUCUGAAGGCCUGUGACCUCACUAGCCAGCGUGCUAAUCCAACAAUCAGGACGUUACAAAGAUAUUCUCUCACUCAUCUCCUUCAGAAAGCUGUUUUUAAUCUCUUUCUACGCCACCUAAUCCUGGGUUGGUCCGUUCACUCCCAGAAUGUCCUUCCCCCCUCAUUUAAACCGGCCGCUGUUGCCCCCUCCUGGGAUGCCCCCUCAGUUUGCUGGCUUUACAGGAGGUCCGAUGAUCCCGGUUCACAUCAUGACCCCCACUUCAGUAAUGAUGCCCUCUGUGCAAGUGAUCAGUAAGCCUCCGAUGCAUAAAAAGGAAAUAAUGCGUGUCAGAGAAAACAAUGAGAGCAGCGGCCCCACCACCACGGUGUUUGUGGGGAACAUAUCGGAGAAAGCUUCAGACAUGCUGAUCAGACAGCUGCUUGCGAAAUGUGGAAUUGUUCUGAGCUGGAAGAGAGUCCAAGGAGCCUCUGGCAAGCUUCAAGCCUUUGGGUUUUGUGAGUACAAGGAGCCAGAGUCCACAUUGCGAUCACUGCGGCUGCUUCAUGACCUGCAGAUUGGAGACAAAAAUCUAUUGGUGAAGGUGGAUGCCAAAACUAAAGCUCAGCUGGACGAGUGGAAGGCCAAGAGAAAGACUACGAAUGGGAAUAAAAAGGCUGAAGAUGGAGUAGAUGAUGAUGAAGAUGUUCUAGACGAGGAGACAAAGAAGAAGGAUCAGAUUGUCAAAGGCGCUAUCGACGGAUUGAUGCGGGAAUAUGCUGCCGAACUCAACGCGCCUUCACAGGAUGAGGACUCCCAGCGACGAAAGAGGAAAAAGGAGAAAAAAGAAGAGGACGACAUAAACACUAUUGAUAUGGAGGAGGACAAAAGAGACCUGAUUUCCAGAGAAAUUAGUAAAUUUCGAGACACUCACAAGAAACUAGAAGAAGAGAAGGACAAGAGGGAGAAGGAGCGGCUGGAGUUUGAGCGGGAACGGAGGGAUCGGGAAAAAGAGCGAGAGCGGGAAAGGGAGCGACGGGACCGCGAGAGGGAGAAGGAACGAGAGAAGGAACAACGCGAGAGGGAAAGAGAUCGAGAACGGGAGAGAGACCGAGACAAAGACCGCAGGACCAGAGAACGAGAGCGAGACCGAGACUGGGAGAGGGACAGAAGCCGGGACAGGACCCCCGAACGCAGCCGAUCCAGGGAGCCGAGUCGAGACCGAGACAGAGAAAAGAAACGAGACCAAGAGGAUGAAGAGGAGUCGUAUGAACGCAGGAAGCUGGAGAGGAAACUCAGAGACAAGGAGGCAGCCUAUCAGGAGCGACUAAAAAACUGGGAGCUCAGGGAGAGGAAGAAGGCACGGGAUUACGCCAAGGAGGCCGAGAGGGAAGAUGAGCGCAGACGAGAAAUGAUGAAAGAGGGCAAACGGUUGAAAGAGUUUCUCGAAGACUACGAUGAUGACAGAGACGACCCCAAGUACUACAGGGGCAGUGCGCUGCAGAAGCGUCUCAGAGACCGAGAGAAGGAGAUGGAGGCGGACGAGCGUGACAGGAAGAGAGAGAAGGAGGAGCUGGAGGAGAUCAGACAGAGGCUGCUAGACGAGGGACAUCCAGACCCAGACGCAGAGCUACGCAGGAUGGAGGAGGAAGAGGAGGAGCGUCUGAGACAACCUCCCAUCAUCCCAGAGCCGGAGCCCGAGCCGGAGCCGGAGCCCGAGGAGGAACAACGGGAACGCCACAGGGGUUCACGAGAACGCCGGGACCGCCGACAGGAACCGGAGAGAGCAGCAGCAGCAGAACCCCGUGCGAGGCCCCCAGCCCACUCGGACGACGAGGUGGAGGAGGGCGAGGAACAGGAGUACGACGAUGACGAAGACAACCCUGACGUAAAGCCGUGCUUGAAGCCCACGAUGCGGCCCAUCACGGCGGCGCCCUCGGUGUCGUCGGGCAGCGGCGGCGCGUCCCCCAACACACCCGGGGACGAGUCGCCGUGCGGCAUCAUCAUCCCCCACGAGAACUCGCCGCCUGAGGCGCUGCCGCAGGAGGAGCACCGGCUAAAGUUCGGCCUCAAUCUCAAACUGGGUGCCUCAGGAAGCCCCAGUCAGCCCAACGUAGGGAAGAGGAAGAAGCUGCCCGUGGACAGCGUCUUCGACAAGUUUGACGACGAAGAAACUGACGAACAGCCUCGCAAGAGGAAGCUGGUACCUCUGGAUUACGACGACGACAAGAGCCUCGGCGUGGACGGGGCCGGGCUCUCCAGCAUCAAGGGGGCCAACACUGAGGAGAAACGGAAACACAUCAAGAGUCUGAUAGAAAAGAUUCCCACAGCCAAGCCUGAGCUGUUCUCCUACGAGCUGGACUGGACUAUGGUGGACACGACGUUAAUGGAGCGACGCGUUCGGCCCUGGAUCAAUAAAAAGAUUAUCGAGUACAUCGGAGAGGAAGAGGCGACGUUAGUGGACUUUGUCUGCUCCAAGGUGAUGGCUCACAGUAUGCCACAGAGUAUCCUGGAUGAUGUUGCUAUGGUUCUUGACGAAGAAGCCGAAGUCUUCAUAGUGAAAAUGUGGAGGUUACUCAUUUAUGAAACCGAAGCUAAGAAGAUUGGACUGGUGAAAUAAGCAAAAGUCACUGAAUGAAGAUCAACUUUUUUCCUUUUCAUACAUGGUGUAUAAUAAUAGUGUAGCGCAAUUAUGUCACCCCCCAAACGAAGCGACGUGUCCGUAAACCAGUACAGACUGGAAGUGCAGAUUCUGCUCAUUCUCACCAGUUGUUCAGGUCAAUGUUUUUUCCCCUCUCUGUUUGCAGGUGCUGACUGUGUCGGUGUGCUUUCGUGUAUAUAAAGUAUGUCAUUAAUUGACUAUGAUGAAAUAAUUCUGAGAGGAAACUGCUGAUAGGCACCCAGGACCAUUGUUGCCAGAUAAGAAGGUCCUAUAAUAUUUUUUGUACACAUGCCAACACACUUUGUGGGAAGAGUCGUCUGCAGGGUUAUUACGAGCAAUCAAAGUCUCUAAGGUGUGAAGUCUGGCUUGCAGUUGAAUGUGGGUUGGUUAAGUAGACUUUAGAAUAUGCAUAACUACAACAAGGAUGUGAAUUUUUUUUUUUUUACAGGGUUAUUUAUUCAGGGUUUUGGACACAAUUUCUAUCUCGUUAAUAGAUUUUUUUCCGUAUCACAUUCCUGAUAAAUGUGUUGGCAUGUUCUCGUCUUCAGACCAUCUCAAAAAGCACCUAGUUGUCAUUUUGAAAUGCGUUUAAUGACAAAACUCACAGAAUAUAUCUUGGAUGGUGACAUCCCAGCAGCUGUAAAAGCACACACACACGUCAUAACCACUAUCAGAAAAAUGAGCUAAGAACGGGUGAAAAAAAAAUUAUUUGAAGUUGUGAAGAUGCUCUCCAUUUGUUUUUUUGUAUUGGUGAACAUUUGAAUAAAAUUGAUUUUUUAUAA